AUGGCAGCUCCUAAACCAGAAGAGAUAAGCCAUCCACCAAUGGACCAACUUCAAGGCUUAGAGUACUGCAUUGACUCAAACCCAUCUUGGGGGGAAUCAAUAGCUUUGGGUUUCCAGCACUACAUUUUGUCCUUAGGAACUGCUGUGAUGAUCCCAUCCUUCCUUGUUCCUUUUAUGGGUGGCACUGAUGGUGACAAAGUGAGAGUGGUGCAGACUCUACUUUUUAUUCAAGGAAUCAAUACACUUCUACAAACAUUAUUCGGAACCCGGUUACCAACUGUGAUUGGAGGGUCUUACGCUUUCAUGGUCCCAAUUAUAUCCAUAAUUCAUGAUUCAUCAUUGACGAGUAUUCAAGACGAUCAUGUUAGAUUUCUUAACACCAUGAGAGCAGUCCAAGGUGCUCUCAUAGUAGCAUCAAGCAUACAAAUCAUUCUGGGAUACAGUCAAAUUUGGGCCAUCUGUUCCAGGUUCUUCAGCCCACUCGGAAUGGUUCCUGUUAUUUCAUUGGUUGGUUUUGGCCUGUUUGAUAGAGGAUUCCCCGUGGUUGGAAGGUGUGUAGAAAUUGGCAUCCCCAUGCUUAUCCUUUUUGUAGUUUUCUCUCAGUACCUGAAGAACUUUCAUGCAAGACAGCUACCAGUACUGGAGCGAUUUGCUCUUCUCAUAUCAAUCACAGUGAUAUGGGCAUAUGCACACCUCUUGACCGCCAGUGGUGCAUAUAGACACCGCCCAGACAUAACCCAAGUCAAUUGCCGAACUGACAAGGCCAACCUCAUUUCUUCUGCUCCAUGGAUAAAAAUACCUUAUCCUCUUCAAUGGGGUGCCCCAACCUUUGAUGCUGGCCAUGCUUUUGGAAUGAUGGCUGCUGUUCUUGUUUCAUUGAUUGAGUCAACUGGAGCAUACAAGGCUGCAUCACGUCUAGCAAGCGCCACAAUACCUCCAGCGCAUGUUCUUAGUCGUGGAAUUGGCUGGCAGGGGAUAGGAAUCCUACUUAAUGGACUCUUUGGAACAUUGACCGGCUCAACAGUAUCUAUAGAAAAUGUGGGGCUUCUUGGGAGCACUCGUGUUGGAAGCCGUAGGGUCAUUCAAAUAUCAGCUGGUUUUAUGAUAUUCUUCUCCAUGCUAGGAAAAUUUGGAGCUUUGUUUGCAUCAAUACCCUUCACUAUAUUUGCUGCUGCAUAUUGUGUAUUGUUUGGUCUUGUUGCUUCGGUGGGGCUAUCCUUUUUGCAAUUCACAAACAUGAACUCGAUGAGGAACCUCUUUAUCACUGGUGUAGCUUUAUUCUUGGGUUUGUCUGUUCCCGAGUACUUCAGGGAAUACACUUUGAAGGCUUUUCAUGGUCCUGCUCAUACCAAUGCCGGAUGGUUCAACGACUUUCUUAAUACCAUCUUCUCCUCAUCUCCGACUGUGGCAUUGAUUGUCGCCGUUUUCUUAGAUAACACACUCGAGUACAAGGACAGUGCAAGAGACAGAGGAAUGCCAUGGUGGGUCAAAUUUCGAGCAUUCAAAGGGGACAGCCGCAAUGAGGAGUUUUACACUCUCCCUUUCAACCUUAACCGAUUCUUCCCUCCAUCUUAA